UCCUUCAAGAUACUGUUUCUCCAUCCUUUCAACGGCCAUUAAACAUUGAUAAACCCUUAGUGAUCCUUCCACAGCCUAGUCAACUUAAAGACGAUGGAAAAAUUCUUCCACAUGUUUUUUCAGAAAAUCUUGCUGUAUUAUAUGCAUGUCUAAAAUUAGGUCAAACCGACCGUGCCAAAAGAAUUUUAGAGUAUUUAGAAAAUAAAGGCCCUAUGGAUAUGAAACACCUCUUAGAUAUCAACUUACACAACGCAUUCCUCGAAGCUUUUCUGGAUGCACCUGUUCCGGAACUUAAUGUAGCAUUCUCUUGGUUAGAUAGAAUGCGUGAUAAAUGUCGCAUAAAUCCCAAUUUAGCGACAUUUUCUAUCUUAUUGAAAGGAUAUUUGAGAAAGAGCAAAGACUUUCAAUGUUCAACGGUGCUUCAAGUUAUAGUUAUUGAUAUGGAAGAUAAAGGUUUUCGAUUUGAACAAUUAAUAGAAAGUAAUUUAUUAUCUGAUGAUGAUACUCAAAAAUUAUUUGAGUUAUUGAAUUCAGAUAAAAAUUCCAGUCUUUCGAAACGACUUUUGAAACAUCUUGAAAAUGAAUCCGCAACACCUUUAACUGCAGAACCCAUUCCAACAAAGGCAUUUGGUGUAAAACUUAUAAAAAAUUCUCUUGAAGCUCUGAAAGAGAAAGGACUGGAUCAAUAUGAUCGUCAAAAUAAGUUAGAGGAAAAUGCUUUACAUGGUGCUAUUGAGCGUUGGAAACAUGAUUAUGAACAAAUGCGUAAACGUGGUGAUGCUUUUUCUGGAAUUCCCUCUUUGAGGAAAGCUAUGUGGGCUUGGCAUGAAAAACUUGUUCCUUUGAUUGAAAUGGAAUUAAAAAAAAGUAUUUAUAAGAAUAUUGAGGAAGGUGGUGAAUGUAUUGAUUCACAAACUGGGACUUUCUUGCGAUUGUUAAGUGCGGAUAAACUCUCCGCCAUUACAAUAUUGGAAAUGCUACGUCAAUCUAGCGAUAGUGAGGUUAUAGAAGGAAUGACGACAACCUCUGCCAUUAUGGCUAUUGGUAAAUCUGUGGAAAGUGAAUACAACGCGGAACAAUUGAAAAAGAAACAAAAUCGUAAAUUGUUCUAUAAAGAUUUAAAUAUUCAUGAACUUUUUGCAUCUGGAAAAUUAUUCAAUAUGGAAAUUCGUCGGUUUGCAAGAAAAAUAGAAAAAGAAGAUAUUGAAACAUCAUGGAAACCGGAUUGGGGAUCGACAAUAAGAGCUAAAGUUGGCUCUUUCUUGGCCGCUAGUCUGAUUAAAGUUGCUCAGAUUACUGUCUCAACCGCUGAUGCAACUGGUAAAAUAAUAAGUGAAGAGGCGCCAGCUUUCUUUCAUUCUUAUGAAUAUAAUAGAGGUAAAAAAGUUGGGGUUAUUAAGCUUAACCCUCAAUUGAUAAAGUUGCUUUCUAAUGAAUCCAUUAGAGAUCAUUUACAUCCUCGCAUGUUACCAAUGUUGAUUAUUCCAAAGCCUUGGUUGACUUUUAAUAGCGGUGGUUAUCUGACAUCUCCAACUUCUGAUAAUUCACACCUGGAGCAUGUUUUUGCUGGUUUGGAUGUCCUUGGUUCUACGUGUUGGGCCGUGAAUAAAAGGGUAUACGAAGUUAUUUUAAAGAUUUGGAAUAGUGGAGAAGGUGUUCUUGACAUUCCACCUGCCGAUUUAAAUCUAGAAAUUCCUAAAAAACCUGAAGAUUUCGACAACAACGUUAAAUCGAAAAUUCAGUGGAUUAAGACAUGUAGAGAGAUUAAUAAUAAAAUACGAAAUAAUCAUUCUUUGAGAUGUAUGGUAAAUUAUAAAGUGGAAAUUGCCGGUGCUUAUCUUGACGAACCAAUGUUCUUUCCUCAUAGUCUGGAUUUCCGUGGUCGUGCAUACCCAAUUCCAUCACACUUGAAUCAUAUGGGUGAUGAUUUAUGUCGUGGUUUAUUAGUAUUUAAGGAUGCAAAACCAUUAGGCAAAACUGGGUUAAGAUGGCUUAAAAUUCAUUUGGCAAAUUUAUAUGGACUUGACAAAGUUUCAUUUAGUGAACGAGAAGCGUUUACUAAUGAGAAUAUUGCUGAGAUAAUGGAUUCUGCAGAUUAUCCUUUGAAAGGCAAACGAUGGUGGCAAAAAGCCGAAGAUCCAUGGCAAUGUUUGGCAGCAUGCUUUGAAUUAACUGAUGCAAUACGCUCACCAUCACCAGAACAAUAUACGUCACGAAUUCCUGUACAUCAGGACGGUACCUGCAAUGGAUUACAACAUUACGCGGCUCUUGGUGGUGACUUGGAGGGAGCAUCUCAAGUCAAUCUAGCACCGUCUAAUACACCAUCUGAUAUAUAUACUGCAGUUGCUAAUAGGGUAAAAGAAGUAAUCAAAAUUGAGGCAGAAAUGGGUGAUGAAAGAGCUUUAAUAGUAUUAGAUCACAUUAAUCGUAAAGUUGUCAAACAAACUGUAAUGACAACCGUGUAUGGUGUGACAUUUAUUGGAGCUCGGUUACAAAUUGAAGCUCGACUCAAAGAAAUUGAAGGUAUACCACAAGAUCGACUUCAUGAAUUAUCACAUUAUAUUGCAAAGCAUGUAUUUGGUUGCUUGGAAGAAAUUUUUAAAGGAGCAAGAGCCAUUCAAGAAUGGUUAAACGAAAGUGCUAAAUGGAUUGCGAAAAGCUUACCACCUGAACGCGUGUUAAAAUCUGCUGAAGAGAUUAAAGAUGAAAAUGAUUAUUUACAUGAAACAAAAGCUGGAGAUAACCUAAAACCUUUAAAGAAAUCCAUA